AUGUGCUGCGCACUUGGAACGACUCCUUUGACUGGCUUUAAGUCGGAUCAUCCUUUCAGCGACAUGAGUAACAGAAGUUCAUCAUCUCCGCAGCAACGGAGACAAGAGGUGAUCCCUGUUCGCACGGCAAUUGCACCGAGGGGACUAAAAUCCAAAGAAGAGUUUGAAAAUGCGACAAACUCUUCAGUAUAUAACAAUCAACGCCAACAGGAAAGAGAUUAUACCUAUGGCAAUCCAUCCGAUGCUGAAUAUAAUAACUCGUUGGAGCGUAGUCAACGAGAAAGUUCUCAGGCUAGCGCUCCUGCAUCAUCUCCAAGCAUAGAACAGAUUCAAACUGGCCAAAUAUGCAGUAAUUGCGGUACAACUAGGACACCACUCUGGCGGAGAUCGCCGCAGGGUGCAACUAUAUGCAAUGCUUGUGGCUUAUAUCAAAAGGCUCGUAAUGCUUCUCGGCCUACGAAUCUAAAACGUCCCCCGACCACUGCUCCUAUCGGGCACCAAGGAGAUUCGAGGGCCUCUCCUUCUGCCAGCGGGUCAAUGUCACUUCCUACAGCCGGCGCAACCUAUGUUUCAGCGGAUCAAACGUCCACGGGAACAUGCCCUGGUGGCGGACGUUGCAACGGUACUGGAGGUGCUGAAGGUUGUGGUGGAUGCCCAGCUUUCAAUAAUCGAGUUUCAAAGACAGCGCAUUUUACUUCUUGUCAAGAUAGACAACCAACACAAACGCCACAGCCGCAAAAUGAUCAACCGACAGAUGCGCCAUCCCCUAUCGAUAUUGCAUCCCUCCCGUUGCAAACGCAAAACACUACGGUCGUUGUAGCUUGUCAAAACUGUGGAACCACCAUUACGCCGCUUUGGCGUAGAGAUGAAAGUGGCCAUACGAUUUGUAAUGCCUGUGGUUUAUAUUAUAAACUCCAUGGUGUGCAUCGGCCAGUAACUAUGAAAAAAUCAAUUAUCAAGCGUCGUAAAAGGGUAGUCCCAGCGGUUCAAGGUUCUCAAGCUUCCAGUUACGAAACUAGCAGCGCAAUAGAUUCGCCAGAAUCCGAUCGUGCUUCACCCGAAGAGGCAGUUGAGCGAGGCACAAUGAAUCCUGACGGAUCAGUGAACUUGGGUCUUCGUUCACGCAAUGAUCCAGGAAGAGCUCUACCGGAACCAAUUCGGACUCAAAACGGACAGCAUCAGCAACAUCCACCGUCCGAUCUUGGCGCCUAUACAUCUAAUCUUAAUUAUCAAGGCCAAAAUCUCGACUCCUUGACUGACGACAACCGGCUGCCACCAAUGGCAUCGUAUCCUUCGCCAAGCCAACACCGGCUUUCUGUAUCACCCAACAAUUACCUCUCCCCUUCUCGAAAACGCUCUUUCUCCGCUACUGAGAUGGAUCCAAGCAAUGCUCCUACCUCGGAGUCCACAUAUGCAUCAACUGUACCUAAGCGUCUCUCAUCCAUAAAGUCAAUACUAAACCAUGGCUUCCCAAAUUCCGACUCCGAAAUCAAUCCGGAAAGUGAUCUUAGUUUCCGCCGUGGAACCGAUAGUUUAAGGUUGAGCCCAAGCCGGUAUUCUGCCGCUGCGAGUCCAAGUCUUAGCACUGUCGGCCCGGCUACUCAUUCAGCCAGUCCCUCGGGCAGCGGAGCUGGAAGUGCAUUAAAUAGUGCGAAGGACCCGGCGAGCGAAAGUGAUCGUGCCAAAGCGGAGAGAAGGGAACUCCUCCAAAGGGAAGCGGAAAAGAUGAGAGAGGAUUUGAAGGCCAAGGAAAGAGAAUUGGCUGAAUUGGGGACCGGUGUAACAUUGGGAUGGCAAGAGGCACGCGGGCUUUCUCUUGGGUAUAUCCACAGCACCGAAUCGAUUUUUGGUAGUGGGAGUGCAGGAUGCACAAAUUUGCAACCCCCAUGUAUCUGUGGAAACAAAUACAGGGAUGUAAUAAUCGGACGUAUAAGAUGCAUCAAGGAAGUCCAGGCCGGACAGAAGGAAAUGGAACAGAACCGCAAUAAAUGUAGUUUAUACAAGCCUGAUCUUUUGGGAAUUCGUAACUUUCGUACCAAUAAAUGGAUGGUGGCUGAGGUAGAAUUUGCGACGGAAAAGUUGAUGCAGCAUCAAGGCGCAGCGGCGGAUAUGAAUGAGGUUCUGUUUGAGCUGGGAUUCGCACGCGAGGAGAUUUCGAACUGGGGACUCCGAAUGAGGUGUGCGAUGGGAUUAAACUUGUUCUGCGCCCCAUCCUCCAUCUGCUUCUCUGUAUGCGGUGACCAUUGUUAG